AAGAAUAUUAAAAAAUGACGAAAAAGGAGUUUUCUCUUCCUUCGUUCCUUCCUUGUCUGUCACACUCUCCUUCCAUCCCAAUCCCUUACGAUAACGAUUACAACCAGAAACUAAAUACAUAAUUCUAACACCGCCCUCUCUCUCGUCUCUUGCGAUUCUCUCUCUCUCUAGGGUUUGGGGUUUCGAAUUUUUAUUCCUUUUGGGGCCAACCAGCUGCUCAAGAAAAAGGUUUUGAGGUUUUAGAGACGGAGCUUCAUUUACUUACUUCACAUGGAUACUCGUUUGGAUCCGUUGGAUUGUCUUGAUACCGACAUGAUGAUAAAAAUUCUCACUUAUGUGGAGGAACAUUCUGAUCUCCUUAGCAUUAGUGCAGUGUCGCGAUCCUGGCGGCAUUUUGUGGUGGAAAAUGGCUUUUUUAAGCAGUUGUGCUUGCGAAUGUUUGUUGAGUUAUCUAGAGUUGCCCAUACAAUGGUGGUAAAACAAUUUGAAACAGAAGAGGGCAUGGGAUUUGGAUCUACAAGCAAUUGGACGGAACAAGAAAGCAUGGUGAGAGAUCAUAGACUCUACGCUUUUCUAAAUAAGUGCUGUUCAUCUUUUGUUCCUGAGAAUUGCUUAGCAAAGGCAAUUAGUGCAUCCAGCACAGAUAAUUAUCCUGAAGAAAGCAUUGAUAAUACUCUAGAACCUAGAGAAAUAAUUUCUAGGAGAAUCUCAUAUUGGUCAAGUACAGGACAACGUAAUUGUGAGGUUCCUGAGACACUGAUAUACAAGUUAGCCUCCAAUAUUUGUGUGAUUUCCGAAAUCAGCAUUAAGCCAUUUGAAGCUUUCUUCCAGGAGGGUCUACCAAUAUAUUCAGCUAGAGGUAUGCGAUUUCGAUUAGGCCAUCCAAAGUCCCCCAUUGACUUAAAGAAUUUCCCUGUGAAAGAACCCUGUGAUGAUAAAUUUAUAUGGACCUACACAUCGGAAGUGUUUCAGAUGGCUCAGAAAAAUAGCUUACAGAUGUUCAAGCUUCCAAAACCAGUACUUUGCAUUGGUGGAUAUUUGCAAAUUGAGCUACUGGGUAGGAUACAGACACAGGAAUUGGAUGGCUUGUACUAUAUAUGUGUGUCCCACAUUCAAGUACUGGGCCUGCCGUUAGCACCUGCGUUUGACGUUGAAAUUCUCGAUCAAUCUGGAAAUUUUGUGUUAAAGCAGUAUUUGCAAUCCGACAAUACACCGGUAAACUUGCCUGAGUAUAAACCCCCUUCAGUCACUACUUUUGGUUGGUCGGAUGAAGAUGAAUCAGAUGAUGAAUUUUAAACGUGUACAUGCUCUUUUUUAUGUUUAAUUUAUGGAAAGGACCUUAGAAUGAAAUCCGGCAAAGUGCUAAAUUUUGUACUUCCAACCUGAUAAAAGGCUCUGUAUGUUGAGUUAUGAUAUUUAUCAUGUAGAUGUAGCUCAAUCUGCUUAUUAAAAAUUGUGUUGGUUCUUGUCAA